UGGUAAUAAUCCGACCUUUAACAGUCAGAUUCUGAGUUCUCUUCUUCAAUGGAAAGUGGAAACCCUAGAAUUUCUUUCACAAACCCAAUUCUGGCUCAGAGCGAGUUUCUCCAGACCUAAGCAACGCAUCAUGAUCGUUCGAUCAUGGAUCGUCCGACGCGGAGCUCGUACCUUCCGGAGCCAGUCAUUCAAAGCAUAUUGAAACUUCUUUCUCCAAAAGACGCAAUUCGAGCUUCUGUGACGUCGAAGCUAUGGCGAUCGGCUUGGAUUACAUCUCCGGUCUUCGAAUUUGAUGAAAGAUCGCUACCUUUUAAAAAAGCAGAUUUCUACGAUUAUGCCGAACGCUCUUUGGGACUCUGGCGCGACCACUGCGAUGACAGAGUCAGUAUGCAAAAGCUUUCGAUCUACUCUGACAUCGGUCCCGAUGGUACAUUCUUUCCUCGCUUGAUUGAAUUGAUCUCCAUAGCGAAGAACCGUAAUGUCAAAAUCAUAGAACUCCAACACUGCUCUGAACAUUCUCAUAGUCAUAUGAUCUCCUCUAAUGAUUCUUUAUGGUCGUUGCUUUCUGCCUGCAAAUCGCUCGACGUUUUGUCUAUGCAAUGCUUUGAAUUAUUACUUGGGAAUUCAUUACCAGUAUUCUCCUCUGUAAAGAAGCUUCGGUUGAGUGUUAUAGGCAUAGAUAACACUAGCUUAAGGAAUCUGUUAUCUAGUCUCCCUUCGCUAGAAGAGUUUGUAGUUGGGUUUUGCUUUUAUUUCACAGAGCUACGUGUUUCGUGCCCCAAACUCAAAUUAAUGGAGGUGGCUCUUUGUGAUGAUACAGCCCAAAAUGUCGUUGUUGAUGCUGUGAAUCUUCAAUCGUUCACAUACACCAGGGCAUUUAAUUCCCAUGGAAGUCUUAGAUUUUCGAAUUGUAAAUUGUUGAAGACUUUGCAGAUUGAGCGGACCAAAAUUAAUACCGCGAAUGCAUUUGAUGAGUACCUUUCUCAAAUUCCGUUUCUUGAGAAUUUGAAACUGAAGAGUUGUCAGAUGUAUGAGGGUAUUCAGAUCUCUCAUUCCAAUCUCAAGUGUUUGGUGGUGCGAGAAUGCUAUCGGUUGCCCAAGGUUGAACUCAACACGCCCAACCUUCGAUACUUCAAAUAUUCUGGCCCCAUUAUUACCUUCUCUAAAUUUAGAUACUGUUCCGGGUCACUCAUUGCGAAACUCGAGUUGUACACAGGUUCUCUUGAUGGCACCGAGUGGUUUUGGUUUAUUAAGCUGAGAAACUUUCUCGAAAUUUUUAGUGACUGUGAACUAUUGUACCUGACUUGUCACAUAGAGGGAUUUCCUGAAGAACUGAGAAAUUAUGAUAUGCUUCCUGACCCGUUUUAUGAGCUGAGGCAUGUGAAAAUCUCAAGUCGGGCGUUCGCAAUUGCGCAACAUGCCAAUUUCUUCGAUGCCUUGGUAGAGCUUUUCCCUUGUGUAGAAACCCUUUAUUUGAAGACAUCUAAUUGUGAACUCAACAUUAAGUUUGACGAAUAUAGAGAUUUUACUUUGAACUGGAAACCCAUUAUUCGCGCCUCAAAUAGCGAUGAAUAUGAUAGGGAAUUUGAAUAUAUCAAGGAGUCCAUUGAUACGAUUGUGAAUUUGCUUAGCUGGACAGAGGAGAAUUAUUCAGAGAGGGAAAACUCUGCAAAUUAAUAUUCUGAGAUGGAUGUAAGGGGUAGAAAUGACGUGAAAGUUUAGAAUCUGCACUUUGGACUCCAAUUGACUCACGAGAAUCGGUCUUCUUUUUAAAAAAAAAAAGGAAAUUGUGUUCAUUUGUAUAGCAAAUGAUGUCAUUUAGAUAUGUUUGGAAACAAAAACUUAAAUGUUGUCAUUUUAUUAUGGAAAUGAACUGUGUUGAUAUUUGAUAUAGUUUUUAAGUUUGAAUUUGUAAAAUCUGUUCGAUUUCUUUUU